AUGGAGGACAGCUCCAAAGAGGCACUGAUGGAUGAGGCACCUCCAAGGUACACGGAGUCUGCUCGCCUGCCCUGCAUCCCCCACCAGCUCAAGUGCCUUCUGAUCGUGGUGGUGGUGGUGGUGAUCCUCGUGGUGGUCAUCGCUGUCUUCCUCCUCAUGGGGCUGCACCUCAGCGAGACACACGCCGAGACGCAGGUGUUGCGGAUGACCAUCUAUGGGUUGGAUGGAGAAGGGACCCCCCAGCACCUCUCCAUGAGCAAGAAGGAAAGGACGGGGACGUUCGCCGUGCGGGAUGGGCUCAACGCCUCUGCCAUGGUGGUGUAUGACUACAGCAAGCUGCUGGUCGGAUACAGGUCCUGGCGUCACCGCGCGUCACCGUGCUACAUCACCCGUGUGGACAGGGACAACUUCCCGGGGUUGGAUGCUAUCACUGAGACCUUCCAGCACCCACAGGUUGAGAAGGUUGGGCACAAGGCCAUGCCCCUGGCUGAUCGUUCCAUCCUGGGCACCACCAUCAACAUCCUCUGCAGCACUGUCCCUGUGGCCACCAAACCCUUCACAAGGGCCACUCCAGUCCCCACCCCAGUGUCCUGGUAUAAAACAGCAGGUCGCUGCAGGCAGGCAAGGCUGGAGGAGGAGGAGGAGGAAGCAGCCAUGGAGAGCAGUAUGAAGCAGGUGGUGGUGGAAGAAGAGCCGGAUGCAGAGGAAGGAUGCUGCUGCCCAGGCUGCUGCGUGCACUGCGCCAUGUGCUGUGCCAAGUGUGCCCGGUGCUGCUGCCUGCCCUCGUGCUGCAAGUGCCCCAAGUGCUUCAAGUGCCCCAAGUGCCCUGGCUGCUCCAGCUGCUCCAGCUGCAUCAAGAAGUCCUUCUGCUUCCUCCCUCGCAUGCUCUGCUACCUGCCCCGCAAGCUCCUCAGCUGCCACCACCUCCGCUGCCUCCUCAUCGUGGUGGUGGUGGUGGUCCUGCUGGUGGUCAUCAUCGCUGGUGCCCUGCUGAUGUGGCUGCACGUUGACCAGAGCCACGCUGACACUGUCCUGAGGAUGGGUUUGUGGAGAGAACCAGGCUGGGAAGAGGAUGUGGCCACGUUCUACCUGGACAGUGGGGAUGGAGACACAGCCACGGUCAUCUAUGAUUACAAGAAUCUGCUGGUGAGCUACAGAUCCCAUCUCCACCCUGCCUGCUACAUCAUCCGUGUGGACAAGGACAACAUCCCAGGGCUGGACACUGUUGCUGAGACCUUCCAGCACCAGCAGGCUGAGGAGAGGCUCUCCAUGCCCCUGACUGAUCUGUCCCUCCUGGGCACCACGAUGAGCAUCCUCUGCAGCCUCCACCCUGUCUACUGGUUUUAG